UCAGUUCUUCUCUGAAGUUGAUCCACAGCGGAACGCAACGUUGACUCAAUUCUACUCGUGGCGUCUAGCGAAAAGUUGAAAAUACUGAGAAAUCGAAAUUUGGAAGAAAAAAAAACAAAUCGAUUUUUUGCGAUUAUUAUUUUUUGAAAUAUUUCGAGAGUGGCGUUUUGUUUGUGGGGAGUGGCAUUUUAUCGGCGAAGGAGUGGGUGUGGUCGUUACUUUACUUCCUGAUAAAAAAACAUGCAAAUUAUUUCCGUGGAAAUAAUGUGAAUUGUGGAAAUAAUAAAUAAUUCUGUUUGCAAAGCGUGACGCGUUUCUUUUUACUUUUGCAAAUUGUGAAGCGUUUUAAAUUUUUGCAAAUUGAUGGUUUGAAAUAUUGUGAAUUUGAAGAAGUCCCUUCCCACAAAAAAAUAUAAACGGAGUGGAGGAAUCGUAAGACAGACGAUUUUAACUCACCAACUAAACCAUGGCCCUGCUCCCCAUCGCGGGUGACCACCCCCACCACCACCACUACGAGCACACCUCCCCACCCAACCUGUCGCCAUCGUCGUCCUCCGAGAUGAAAAAGUCGUCCUACUACGUCCUCUUCCUGGGCGCGAAAGAGUCUCGCGGCCUCCGCGGCCCGCACUACAUUGAGCCCGUCCUCCAAUACUUUGUGAGUCAGGAGGCGCGCAUGCAGGCGCUCAAAGUGACGCUGCAAGUGGGUCAGAAGGGGCUCCGAAUCAUACCCGUUCACCACCGGACGACGACGGGGGUGGUGCCGCUGGAGGGGACGGGAGGUGGCGACAAGCACUUCAUUCCGCAUCACGCCAUCACCUGCGUCUUCCAAGCGCCCGCGCCCAACGACGACAUCGUGUCCUGUAUCCUACUCAUUUACAAUCCUGAUACGAGGUGUCCCGUACAUGUGCAUUGUUACAGAUGUGAUUCCCCCGAAACGGCGGCAAUUUUAAAAAGUCAGCUCGAAACGCUCGUCAACCGAGAAGACAAUCAACGUAAAUUUCGCGACAUUGAGUCCCGCCUGCAAUCGAAGGGAUUACUUGUGUCGUCUGGAACAUCGACGUCGUCCUCGUCACCGGUAAGCAGUCCGGUUAAGGCGCACGCGCAUAAUUCUUCGUCUCACAAUGCCCUCCGCUCGGGCGGGGGGAGCGGCACGCCGGAUUUUGACUGUCGCACGUCAGACUCUUCGGACAACUCGGAUCGCGGAUUUGGCUCGGCUUCCGGCGUUUCAAACAUUCCCGGGGAGCGGAUCGCGACGUUGUACGACUCCUUGGCGGCAGAAUUGCGGGAAAAGUUGAAUACGCGGAAUCGCAAUACGCCAAUCUUAUUCCCGCCCCGAGAUUAUGACACGGUUCAUCGGCAGCGCGGGAAUUUGUUGGGGAUUGAGGCGCGCCGCUGUUCAAAUCCGGCGGUUGUGGGGGGCGGUGUUGGUGGGAGGAGUAAUAGACGAUCGUACGCGUCGAGAGAGCAAGACUCGUGCGGACGGAGUAGCGGGAUUGGAUCGGCGGAGGAUAAUUGUAGCCCGAUCCAUGACGCCGGAACGGGAGCGGGAAUGGAUUCGAAUGUGGGAGGAGGUGUGCCAUCAUCGUCGGACGACGAAGAAUGGAACCCGAAUUCGCUCGUGGCGACGGAAACUACGCAAUUUCUGGUCCGUCCGAUGUGGGUGGUGGACAGUAAUAAUGCGUCAUCCCCAGCGAAUAAAUCCUCCCCGCUGCCUCCACCACUGCCAAAACGACCCGAAAACCGACAACGUUCCCCGGACCAUUUGAACCAUCACGUCUCCAUGCCCCCACCACCCCCGCUCGCGUCCUCCUCACGGGAAAAAUUCGAAGGGGUGCGGCAAAAGUGGGAGAAGUUGGAUCAUCAGUAUAACACGAAGCAGCAGCAGCAGCAUCAUCAGCAUCAAAGGUCCUCUCAUGACAGUUUGGAUGACGGGUAUCGAUCCCGUGAAGCGGCUGAGGCUGAUUACAGACGCCAACUCUCCCGCGAAAGUCUGCUGCGUUCCUUAAGCCGUUCCCAGAAAACCGGCGGAUCACGGGACAGUCUGGACCGUUGGGUCGAAGCGGGCGUGCGCUCGUCCAGAAACGUGUGGCGCAAACAUCCCGGCGGUGAUGAGGAUAUCCUUCUCCCGAGUUCGAAUCCCCACGGGGGCGGGGGGACGAGUUCUCACCCAUCCACCAAUCCAAACGGGCACCAAUACCUCAGCGGAGGGUCCAAUCUUCGCUGCAAAAUGCAACACUCCUCCCAAACCGCGAUCAUUCCAGAGACCAAUUCUUCCCAUAAUCGCCACGGUUACGCGGUCCCCAGCGGCGGUCGGAACGUUAUCGACCCUGCCGGCCGUCGACUGAAAUCGGGUGAUAAGCAGUACCGCGAGUUGGAUGAGCAGGAACGCUUCCCGGGUUUGGAUAAGGACACGGCACGCCUCGUUCUUCACGGGAGCAAUCACAACUUAAGUCAGCAACAUAUUUAUUCAGAGCCAUCUUUCGAGCCGAAAAAUAAUCCACAGAAAGCGAAAAAAUUCUCGUUUGCGUUUUGGAAAUAGGAAUUUUAGGAAAUUUUUAAUUUUAUUUUCUUCAAUUCUUAGACUUACUUGCUCAUGAAUGUAUUUGUAUUAAGGUGGAAUUUUUUGAAUUUUGUUAAUCUAAAAUAAUAAAAAAUUGGAGGGGAAUUUGGCCAUGAAUUGUGAAACAUUUGUCUGGAAACUUUCGGAAAUAUGCAGAAAUAACCGAUGUCCCUUUGCCAAUGUUUCUUCAUGUCGAAAUUUCGGGGACUUUGAGUAUUUGGGUAAAAUUUCAAAUAACUAAAGUUCCCAUUAUGGAAAUUUCCAGUUUCAGAUUUUCUGGAAAAAAUAUGGAAAAAUUGAAAUUUGAGUAUGAAUUUAAAAAAAAAUUAUGGAAACAUUGUACAGUUUUUGUUCUUCCUCCUUUUUUUAAUAAAUGUAUAUUUAAGAUAAUAAUAAUUUGUAAAAAAUAUGAUAUGAAACUGGCCAUGAAAUUUGUAGAGUUUUUUUUGUACCAUUUUUUUCCAUAAUUUAAUUAACCCGCAGCACGAACGAACGAGAAGACUAGUCCAGCUAUAAAUGGAACUAAUUUCAUGAUCAUUAUUAUUUUAUACGAUUAAUUAAUUAAUUAAUUAUUAACAUGCAUGAUACGAUUUUAAAUGUUUGAGCUAAUUUAAAAUAUGUAAAAUCUGUGAAAUAAUCGGGAGUGAAUAAAAAUUAGUAAAAUAAAAGUGCAGGUUCGCUCAAAAUGGGAUGGAAAUUUAAAGUCAUGGCUUUGAUGAAAAUGUAUAAAUAAAGUUAAAAAGUGA